AAGGGAGGAGAGUGCUGUCACAGUAUGGGGAGAGCACUUAGAGUCACAUCACAAUGUAUGUAUAAAUUUUUGUAUGGGAAAAAAUUAAACUAAAAAAGAACACAGGCUUAAAGUGCCUGUUUGAUGCUUGGCCCUGAGAAUACAUUUGUGAGCAAGAUAGACAAAGCCUCUGUCCUCAUAGAGCUUCCAGUGUAUUGGGGCUAACAAACAAAUAAGCAAUAUCAAUAAAGAGGACAAUACAGAGUGCAAUGGGAGCAUAUAAUAGAAGUAUAUCACAUAGUCUAGUGAGCAUCAGAGAAUUCCAGAAAUAAGUGAUACCGAAAGGUUUGAAAGAUAUUAAUCAGACAAGAGAAAGAAGAAGAAUUUUCCAGCCCUUCUUAUUAGUUUCUCAGUUUAAAUAUUUUUUUUCUUUGGAGAUAGCUUUUCUUCACCCCAGAUUGACAAGCUGCCUCUGAUGCUCUUGUCCUCCUUUCUGAUUUCCCAGGCUGGUGUUUGAAAGUUCUGUAGGAGCCAUUGCUACAUUAUUUAGCCCAAGGAAUUGCAAAAAAUGCCUUAAAGUGUAUUCCUUGCCUCAGGAUGGCUUUGCAGUUGUUUAUACAUUGCUGUCAUUCCAAUAAAGAGAUGGGAAAUAACAGUUUUCUCCGUCUCUGGUAGUUGACUCUGUGUUCGCCUUAAGUUUGUUUUAGCAAUAUGAGCUGACUGAAGUCCUGCUGAGUGGUGGUUUUCUUUUCCUUCUCCACUUAAUUUAACAGACCAGCUGAGCACACAUCAGAGAGUUAAGCUGGAGUGUGUAGUCAUUAUGGUCUUUCAGUACAGUUCUGUGCCCCACUUUUGGGACUCUGGUUUGGGACCUAGUUUAUUAUUCUGGGCAAGAGGAAAAGGGCACACACCAAAUAAUAACAACCACAUGAUAGAUUUUUGUAGUAGUUUUUCAUGCUUUAGUUAAUUUCACCGUCACGACAAGUUUGUGAAAUAGGCAAAACAAAUAGUCUUACUCAUCUUACUCCCAUUUUGUACAUAAAGAACUGAGGUCUAGAGGGACUAAAUGAUAACUGUAAGUGACAGAGCCAGGACUUGAACCCAGGUCUUUAGUUCCUGCAUAAGAGUACUCAACAAGCUUUUGAAGACUUUCGGCAAGCUUAGCUUUCUAGCUUCAUGCCUUUCUGCGUGGAGCUCUUCCUACAAGAAUACAGUGCUUCAGAGGAAUACCAAAUGGUCUUGUCUGCCUUCAAGAUGUUUUUCCUUCAUCUGGGCAGUUAGGUGGUUAAGUUUGCCAUAGUAAUGCUGAAGGGGGACGUUCGUGUGAAGAGAACUUUCAAGAAUUUGCUUUUGGCUCAUGUGUGACAUUUCCUCCUUGGGUUUUGGAGUUUAGAAGCCUGAGGGAGCUCAGUCCUGGUGCAACAUUCCUGAAUUCCUGGUGGUGAGAGGAUGUGGCCCCUGGACCCAUCCCGGAAAGAGGUGCUACGGUUUGCGGUCAGCUGUCGGGUCCUGACUCUGGUGCUACAGGCCCUGUUCAAUGCCAUCAUCCCAGAUCACCAUGCAGAAGCCUUCUCCCCUCCUCGCCUGGCCCCCUCGGGCUCUGUGGACCAACUUGUGGAAGUUCUUCUGGGUGGCCUGUCUCGCUGGGAUGCUGAGCACUUCCUGUUCAUUGCUGAGCAUGGCUACCUAUAUGAGCACAACUUUGCCUUCUUCCCUGGUUUCCCCCUGGCCCUGCUGGUGGGGACUGAACUGCUGUUGAGACCCCUGCGGGGGUUACUGAGCCUACGGAGUUGCUUGCUAAUUUCAGUAGCAUUGCUCAACUCCUUGUUCUCCGUGUUGGCAGCAGUGGCACUUCACGACCUGGGCUGUCUGGUUUUGCACAGUCCCCACCAGGCCUUCUACGCAGCGCUGCUCUUCUGCUUUAGUCCCGCCAAUGUCUUCCUGGCAGCUGGUUACUCAGAAGCUCUGUUUGCCCUCCUGACAUUCAGUGCCAUGGGGCAGCUGGAGAGGAGCCGAAGCUGGACUAGUGGACUACUCUUUGCCCUUGCCACUGGUGUACGUUCCAAUGGGCUAGUCAACAUUGGGUUCCUUGUGCAUGCCCAGUGCCAAGGCUUUUUCUCUUCUCUCAAGGUGGAGAGUCCCUUGAGGCAGCUCAUUAAGCUGAUGACCUCUGUGUUCCUGUCGAUGCUCACACUUGGCCUUCCCUUUGUCCUCUUUCAGUAUUAUGCCUACACUCAGUUCUGUCUACCAGGCCCAACCCAGCCCAUCCCUAAGCCUCUGCUGCAGUUAGCUGUGGAUGAGGGCUACCGUAUUGCAAAUGGAAAUGAGCCACCUUGGUGCUCCUGGAACUUUCCCCUAAUAUACAACUAUAUCCAGGAUGUCUACUGGAAUGUUGGGUUUUUGAGAUACUAUGAACUCAGGCAGGUGCCCAAUUUUCUACUGGCUGCACCAGUGGCAAUACUGGUUGCCUGGGCGACUUGGAUAUAUGUGACCACCCACCCGUGGCUCUGCCUUACACUUGGGCUGCAAAGGAACAAGAACAAUAAGACCCUAGAGAAACCUGAUCCUGGAUUCCUCAGUCCUCAGGUGUUUGUGUACCUGGUCCACGCUGCAGUGCUGCUGCUGUUUGGAGGUCUGUGCAUGCAUGUUCAGGUUCUCACCAGGUUUUUGUGCUCCUCCACUCCUAUUGUGUACUGGUUUCCAGCUCACUUGCUUCAGAAUCAAGAGCCAUUGCUGAGGACCCUAGAGACUGUGCCUUGGAAGCCUCUUGCAGGAGACUCCCCACCAGGACAAAAGGUCCCCAGAAAUCCUAUCAGGGAACUUUUGUACAACUGGAAAACGUGUUCCCCAGUCACACGAUACAUUCUAGGCUACUUCCUGACUUACUGGCUCCUGGGACUACUCCUGCAUUGCAACUUCCUGCCUUGGACAUGACCUGGAGUCUAAAGGGACAGAUUUGAAGCCGACUUCACCCAGGGCUCUGAAAGUACAAAUACACGUUGGGACUGCCUGCGUGCCCUGGGGUUAUCUGUCCAUUAAAGCCUCUCUUUCUUGCUCUCUCUCGGAAGGUUGGUUAGGUAGAGGAGAAGUGUGAGCCACUAGAGAGCCCCUCUGGUCCUGUCCGGGGUGAAUUUUAGAGUAGUAACUGUUUUUGCCAUAAGUGAAGAUGUCUUAUUUCCAGGUCUAAAGUACACCUGGAUUUGUCUUCCAGUCAACGAAGCAUAGCAGAGAUAGUCUUAACCCUACCACUGACUCACGUGUAAAUUUAAAUUACUUAAAUGUACAUUUCAUCAAAGGCUUUUGUGGACAGGGUGGUGGAGGCUGUUCAGUGUAGUGGUAGUAGUACGGUGAGGCCAUCUUUCCUAAAUGGGACACUUUUCUGAUGAUUUUUUAAUGAUUUGUGAAUUCAUAUAUAGGAAAAAUCUUAAAAAUAUAUGAAAAUUAAACAACAGCUAUACAUGCAA